GAUCAAUCACCGAGCGCAGGGACACUCCAAAGAUCGGCGACUCAAAUUGUUCAGCCUAACCAAAUGCCGGAUCAUCAGCCCGAUGCAUACAGCUUGCGUGAGGCAGCGAACGUUCCGUCCUUGCCACUAGUCACCACCGGCACGGGCUUCGUUGUAAAUACAGGACAAGAUCACGAUGUAUUUGCACCUUCGGCUGGUAGCAAUGUGUUCAUAUCACCCUUACUAGCAAGGGCUAUACAACAAGAACAACAACAUGCCCAACAGCCGCACAUCUCGAGCUCACCGGAAAUGCCACCAAGUCAACACGCAGGCGACAAGCCAUACAAGUGCACAAUCCCAGGCUGUGAACUGGCAUUUUCAACGUUAUGGAAUCUCAAAAUCCACAUCCGAAAACACAACGUGGAGUAUCCUUAUCAUUGCGACAUAUGCAAAUUUCGUUUUCCUUGCCCGCCAUCACUAACCGUCCACAAGAGAACGCACAUCUCGAGCUCACCGGAAAUGACACAAAGUCAACACGCAGGCUUUGCCAUGGACAACAGCAAGGCAGGCGAGAUGAGCCAUUUUACCUUUGAUCAAUUCAGUCAGAGUGGUGUAGUGUCAAACCCCUACGCUCACAACGCUUUGGUUCCACAAGACCAAUCACGCAGCGCACCGACACCAUUCUCCUCCCUUCAAAGUUCGGCGGCACCAAAUCUUCAGCUUCAGGAUCACCAGCACUAUGACAACUUGUGUGAUGGAGUACUUUUUCCGUCCUUGCCACACGUGUCCACGGGCGAGAGCUCCAAUGUAAAUACAGGACUCGUACAUCAUGAUGUGUUGGCGACUUUGGGUGAUAGUAAUGUGAUAUCAGCACCACCACAUAAUUCCAGCUUACUUGCCAUACCACCAAGCCAACACGACAUCAGCAAGCCACGACCACAGAGUAGCGUACUUGGACAACAGCUAUCAAUGACAGAACGAGAAAAUUCAGCGACGACAUUCUCCUUCGACCAAAGUUCGGCGGCACUCAUCCUUCCGCCUAGGCUAAUGCCGAAUAACCAGCACAUAUCCAACAGCUUGGGUGAUGCUGCACUCUUUCCGUCCCCGCAACAAGUCAUCACGGACGUGGGCUCAUUUGCAAAUAUAGGAUUCCCACAUGAUGUGUUUGCGCAUUUGGAUGACAGGAAUGCGAUGGCAGUGCCAAGGCAAGGACGACAACGUCUCCAGCCACAUCAUAUUCCAAGUUUACCUGGAAUGCCACAAAGUCGUCACGACCUCAAGGAGCCACUACCACAAAGCACCUUACUUGGUCAGCUACCGUCAAUGAAAGACCCUGAUAACUCAGUGAUACCAUUCCCCUUCCGACCACUCCUUGAGCCUAACCUACCCUACAGCUUGGGUGAUGCAACAAUCUCGCCGUUCUCGUCACAAGUCUCUACCGGCACGGGAUGCAUUGCAAAUACAGGAUUACCUCAUGAUGUGUUUGCCUCUUCGAGUGGCAGUAAUGUGUUGCUAUCACCAUCACUGUCAAAAGACCCGCAACGAGAACAACAACAUCUCCAUACGCCGCAAAUCCCGAGCUUACCGGAAAUGCCACCACAUCAACACGACCUCAACGAGCCACUACCACAGAGUAAGUUACUUGGACAGCAGCCGUCGACUAAAGAACCUGCAAAAUCUGCCAAAGCCAAACGAGUCUGCCCGGAAUGCAAAAAGAGUUUCUCAUAUCCGUCGCAGCUCAAAACACACAUGACAGUGCACACUGGCGAGAAGCCAUAUCCUUGCACAGAGUGUGGACAAGCCUUCACGCAGAAGCCUAAUCUAACAGCGCACAUCAGAAAACACACCGGGGAGAAGCCAUAUCAUUGCGACAGAUGCGACUCACAUUUUUCUCAGCUAUCGACACUAACCGUCCACAAGAGAAUACACACAGGUGAGAAACCAUAUCAGUGUACAAUCCCGGGCUGUGAACGGGCAUUCUCACAUGCCUCCACCUACAACCGCCAUGUGCGUACCCACAAGGCGAAUAGCGCGAAGCAAACCCAACCUGCCAUCUUUGCCAUGGACAAUAGCAACGCAAGCAGGAUGAGCCAGUUUACCUUUGAUCAACUCAGUGAGAGUGGUGUAGCGUCAAACCCCUACACUCACGACGCUUUAGUUCCACAAGACAAAUCACGCAGCGCAUCGCCACCAUUCUCCUACCUAUCAAAUUUGGUGACAGCAAAUCUUCAACUUCUGGAUCACGAGCAUUAUGACAACUUGUUUGAUGGAGUACUUUUUCCCUUCUUGCCAGAAGUCUCUACGGGCAUGGGCUCCAAUGUGAACACACGACUCGUACAUCAUGAUGCGUUUGCGCCUUUGGGUGAUAGUAAGUUGACGGCAGCACCAGCGCCAGCAAUAGCCUUACAGCCAAGACGACAGCAUCUCCAGCCGCCAAAUAUUGCCGGCUUACUUGACUUGCCACCGAGUCCACACGACCUCAGCCAGUUACUACCACAGAGUAACGUAUUCGGAAAGCAGCCGUCAAUGAAAGAACCUGAAAACCCAGCGACAACAUUCUCCUUCCACCAAGGUCAGACGGCACCGAUUCUUCCGCAUAGCCUAAUGCCGGAUUACCAGCAUAAUUCCAACAGCUUGAGUGAUGGAACACUCUUUCCGCUCCCGCCACAAUUUUCUAAAGGCGUCAGCUCAUUUGGAAAUAUAGGAUUCCCUCAUGAUGUGUUUGCGCCUACUGGUGACACAAAUGCGAUGGUCGUGUCAAGGCAAGGACGACAAUAUUAUAUUCCAAGUUUACCGGAAAUGCCACCAAGUCGUCUUCACGACCUCAGUGAGCCACUUCCACAGAGCACGUUACUCGGGCAGCAGCCGUCAAUGGAAGAACCUGAUUACUCAGCGACACCAUUCUCCUUACACCCAGGUCAGGCGGAACCACUCAUUCAGCCUAGCCUACUCGACAGCUUGAGUGAUGCAGCAAUCUUUCCCUACCUGCCAAAAGUCUCUACCUCUAUGCGCUCCGAUGUAAAUACAGGAUUACAUCAUGAUGUGUUUGCGACAUCGCGUGGUAGUGAUGUGUUGCUACCACCGUCACUAGCAAGAGGCCUACAACAGCAACAACAACGACAACAACAUCACAAGCCACCACAUAUUCCCAGGCUGCAGGUAAUGUCACCGCAUCACCAUGACCUCAGCGAGCCACUACCACCGAGUAACGUACUUGGACAGCAGCCGUCGAAAAAAGAACCUGAAAAAUUUGCCAAAGCCAAACGAGCCUGCCAGGAAUGCAAAAGGAGUUUCUCGUCAUCGCUCAAAACACACAUGACAGUGCACACUGGCAAGAAGCCAUAUCCUUGCACAGAGUGUGGACAAGCCUUCUCCCAUAAGCGUAGUCUAAUUGUGCACAUCCGAAAACACACCGGGGUGAAGCCAUAUAAUUGCGACAGAUGCAACUCACGUUUUUAUGAACAAUCAGCACUAACCAGACACAAGAGAACACACACAGGUGAGAAACCGUACAAGUGCACUAUCCCGGGCUGUGAACAGGCAUUCUCAAUGUCCUUCAACCGCAACCGGCAUGUGCGUCGCCACAAGGCGAAUAUCGAGAAGCAAACCAAACCUGCCAGUGGAUGCAACUAAACAGGCACUGCUCUAUUGGACCAGCAUCUCCAGUUGAAACACGACAAUGUCGGUAGGAGCACCAAAUCAGAAGAUAACAGCGACAGGAAAUGCGGUUAUAGGGGUGUACGUUUUUGGAAACAUGCUUUCUGUGUUGGCGUCCACUGUGUGGAAUUUGAGCAAUAGAAUGAUCUGACAAGUGUGUGUGUGUGUACAAGUAGUAUUCUGGCCUAAACGGCAUUUGCUGCUGCAGUCAUCCUAACACCCCCCGCUAUCUACACAGUCACGUCUUUGAUUUAUAUAUUGCAAACCAGUAAAAGGGUAUUAUAGCGGUUUUCGGAAUUAUUUAAUUGCCCCCCGUCUCUUGUCUCGCGUAUAGGUUUAGUCGCAUUUUUGGAUUGUCGAGUUUUGCCACAACGUUACCUUGUUGGUUUUUGGCUUUUCUCUUUUGCUGUGUUUCCUGUUGCUACGUGUUGCUGUUGUGUAUGUGGAACGUUUUGGUCCUUUAUUCCAUGUACUCGUUUUGGAUUUGUGAAUUGAAAUCAAGUAAACAAACAAAGAAACAGGGGAAGAGUGUGUUGCUCCCUACAUGGCAGCUCACGGUUUUCCUGCCGACUUUAAUUCUCACUACAA